AUGUCUCUUCCGUCGCAUUUCACCCUCAAUACCGGCGCCAAAAUCCCCGCCGUGGGAUUCGGAACCUGGCAAGCAAAACCCUUCGAGGUCGAGAAUGCCGUCGAGGUGGCCCUCAAGGAGGGAUAUCGCCAUAUCGACUGCGCCGCCAUAUAUCGCAAUGAGACCGAGGUCGGCAAUGGAAUUCGCAAGUCCGGCGUACCCCGGGACGCCAUCUUCAUCACCGGCAAGCUGUGGAACACUAAGCAUGCCCCGGAGGACGUGGAGCCGGCGCUGGACAAGACCCUGAAAGACUUGGGUGUGGAGUACUUGGAUCUAUAUCUCAUGCAUUGGCCUUGUGCGUUUAGAGGCGGAGACAAGUGGUUCCCUCUCAGGGACGACGGGGUAUUCGACUUGGCCGAUAUCGACUACAUUACCACCUACCAAGCCAUGGAGAAGCUGUUGGCGACCGGCAAGGUGCGUGCCAUUGGUGUGUCCAACUUCAAUAUCCGGCGCCUGGAGGAGCUGCUAGGCCAAGUCUCGGUCGUUCCCGCCGUGAACCAGAUCGAGGCCCACCCCUACCUUCAAGGCAUCCUCGUCGAGGCCUACUCCCCCUUGGGCAACAAUCAGACUGGCGAGCCCCGGACGGUCGAUGACCCUCUUGUGCACCGUGUGGCGAACGAGCUCAGCCUGGAUCCAGGUCCUCUGUUGGCCAGCUGGGGAGUUCAACGCGGGACCGUCGUCCUAUCAAAGAGUGUCACCCCAUCGCGGAUCGCAGCCAACCUGCAGGUCCGUCAGUUACCGGAGGCGGCGUUUGCCCAAUUGAAUUCCUUGGAGCGCCACAAGCGGUUCAACUUCCCGGGGCACUGGGGAUAUGACAUCUUCGAGGAAGUCGGGGAAGAGGCCGUGCGCCAGACAGCACUGGACGCGGGCCCGACCAACAAGGUUAAGUUCACCGUUUAGAUGAUCGUCAUUGUAUUUAGAACGAAUAGAC